CAAAAUGAUUCGAAUCCCACAUAGUCGCCAAGCUGCUCGGCUUAUUUCAGUGCUUUGCACGGAGGCUACUCGUCAUUGGACAUCCGUAUAAUGGCACUGAUUGCACAUCGCGGCCGACGUCCAACCACCGUCGCCGGAGGGCGUUAUCAUGGACGGGCGGUUCUCCCCGGCUUUCCCCUCGUGUCAAUUGUCUCCGCUAUGGAGCUGCCCGGUGGAGGAGAACAAUGCCAUAUCAGGCUGCACGGUUCUCGGCAGAAGCAUUUAAGUCUAUCCAGCACCUGAAAUCUGGAUUCAGAGACGCUGUUUAAAGAAAAUACCAGACUGCAUUGCAUGUGCAGUUCCAAAAGUGGAUGGAGAUCUUACUGAUGUUGAUUAUACCUGGGAUGCUCUGUGUUCCCGAUUGCUGUCACUCUGGCUGGUCGUUAUUGCAGUUAUCUCACACCCGGUCUUUUUGUCUGUUUCUUUGAGAGUAAUGCCCCGUCCAAGAAGACCAGGCGCGCCGGAGCCGAAGCGCAGGAGUCGAAAUGGCUGCUGGCCCUGUAAGUCUCGCAAAGUGAAAUGCGACGAAGAAAAGCCCUCCUGUUUAAAUUGUCAGCGACAAAAUGACCAAUGUGAUUAUAGUAUCAAACUAAACUGGGAGGGAAGGACUAGGAGAAAAUUUUCGGUAGAACUUCCGAGUCCCGUGUGCGACAGUUCGACACAUAUUUUCUCGUCUGUAUCACCUCCGGCAUUUCACCAGUCACUUCCUAGUGUCUCGGAGGCGGAGAAUAUUCUCUGGGAGGAGAGACUCGCGCACACCAAUCCAAGAUCUCACAAUAGAGCUCACAGUGGGAGCAAGGAACCUAUCUCUAAUAUCCCACAACUUGAACAUGCUGCCUUUGCGGACGUGGACUCACCAGUAGAGAUCAACGACCUCUUACAGGUACAGGAUGUGACCAUCUCAUGGGCAAAGAAUUCACCACAUUCGAGCAUUGUCUCCACACUAAACAACACACCGUCACUCGUAAAUCCUAUUGAAGACAGCUCGUACCCUUCACCGGCAGAAACAGAUGCUGCGUUCGAUGAAACAUUCUUCAACAGACGAGCGCAGAACCCGUCAUUUUCUCAUGCCCAGAAACCUGGGCCAGCAUCAAACUCGCAGUCUCCAUCGGGAGACAUUUACUACCCUGGUAUACCCAUUGACUUUCUACUAGAUAAGCCGGAAGACCACAAGGAAGAUUGCUCAUUUGAUCUUGCCACUCCUGAGAAAAGAUGGCAUGCGUACCUGAGGACGGUCACGGAUAAUUAUGGCCUGGACUACGGUCGCCCAGAUUUAGAUUUGAACAAGAACGAUGACCAUGCAGCUAUUGAUGUCAACCGCGCAUUGCAAUUGAUCAAUCCGCAGUGGCAUUCUCAGGGGGGUGUUGAGCCCGAAAUAAGUCUCAACCAGGAGUUGAAGUCAAAGAAUUGCACGUACUACGACUCACCGGUGCCCGUGGACAUCCCACGAUAUCUAUCACCGCUGCCGAUGAAUCUGUUAAAGAAUCCAAUCAACUUGAUGUACUUUCAUCAUUUUCUCAAUCAUACAGCUAAGAUGCUCGUUCCACAUGACUGCGGGGAUAAUCCAUUUGUUUUAGUGUUACCCUCUAUGGCUGUUGCGGACUCUAACCUGUUGAAUUUGACACUGGCCUACUCCGCAAGUCACCGUGCGCGAUACCUAGGACAUGCAGAGCCUGCAAAUCGCAUUGCUGAUUGGGUUAGUGAUGUAUUUCCAGCUUUGCGCUAUGCCCUGGAUAACCCACACACAAGUAUUACCGAGUCUCACCUAGCAACGGCUGUUAUGCUUCUUUCCCUGAAGAUUAUCUCUCCCAGCACCUUCGAAGUCCCAAUUCCAUGGCAGAGUCACCUCAGCCUCGCUCGUGGUCUUUUCCAGGCACAUGCGGAGCAUAUGGUUUAUCCAGGGAACCGUAUUGGUGCAUUUCUAGCACGGUGGUUGGGGUAUAUUGAUAUUAUGGGAACUUUGUCAUGCCGCGACGGUGGUUCGCCUUUGGAUAUGUACUACUCAGUUAUGAAUGCUUGCUCUACGGAAGGGGGGCAUGAUGAGUUUUCUGUUGACUGCUUUACCGGAUUCAGUCCUCGAACAGGUGCAUGUUUAAUCCGGCUAGGAAAGCUAGUCCACCGAUGUGAUAGUGAAUGCUUCGAUGAUAUGGGCAUGUUUCGUCUGGACUGGACAGCAUCUGUGGACAUGAUUCUGGAGGCAAAAUCUUUGGUCAUGGAAUUCGAAGCCUUGCGAACACAGGUUCACGUUAAUGGUAGACAUUAUCGAGGAUCACCCACAGACCUACUGGCAAUGGAUCGAGCAUUCUGCUGUUCUGCAUUGCUGCACCUUCAUCGUCGAAUUCUGAGUAGUUCUCCGUUCUCCCCUGCUGUCCACGAAGCGCAAAGUGGUCUUCUGAAUGCCCUAGCCCGGAUUGAGCCCGGGGGAUCCACAGAGGUAGGAGCGUUGUUUCCGCUGUUUACUGCCGGGUGUGAAGUGCGAGACGCCAAGGAACGGAUGGAGAUCUUGGAGCGGUUUGUGAUACUGGAAACAACGGGAAUGAAACAGAUACAAAAUGCGCGCAGGCUGAUGCAGCGGUGCUGGGACGAAGACUUGCCAUGGAUUGCUCUGGCCAAAGGGGAGUUCCUUGGAUAGUGUCAUGUGUGUACAUUUUUUUUAUUAUAAGUAAUCUCAUUAGAAUAACAAAGAUACGGAGGAGCCAUGCUUUGAUCGUUUAACACACCAUAAAUAAUCAUUAUAGGAAAGAACAUUGCCUCACACUUAAGUCCAAAGCAGUUUAUACUCUUUCACUGCUAAUAACUCUUUCCAUGUACUUCUUUAUAUUUCCUGUACACUUCUCUAGCAUAUAAAAACGGACUGUCUACCAACCUGUCUUUCCGCCAAGCUCGUUCCUCC